GUUGAAGUCUCUUUCGAUAUGAAUUUUUAUUAAACUAUGUAUUUUGAUAUGGACGGAAUAGAGUUGGCUAAGUUAUGGUACAUCACUAUUAAAUGACAAAUUAAUAAUUGAAAAUGGUUAGUUAUAUUAUUAAUUACGGAAUAGUGGAAUGACAUUGAGCAAUAUACUAUUGUCUAGAUUACACAUGACGGCAUGCAAGAGCCCAUCCAUUGAAAAGGUUUCAUAAUGACCCGGGUUUUAACCGAGCGAGGACGGCCAAUGGUUUUGAGAGAGAUUCGGUCCAAUACGAAUCCAGAUUCGAAUACAGCUGGUUACUGAAAGCAAAAUUUAACAUUCAGGUUCCUCCGGCGUCUGGUGAUCAAGGCGUACUCCGGCUAACAUAGACCGUUAUGAACAUUCGCCACUAAUCUCGAUCCACCCCGGUAAAAACGAGGAUACACCUGAUUAUUCAAAAAAAAAGUUUCAUAAUGUGCAUCUUAGAAAUAAAAAAUAUUGUUUUAUCACAUAAAUAUUUUAAUACUGAAAAUCUUAAUUAAAAACAUUUUUAUUUAUAUAUUAUAGUUGAGAAUUCCAAUAGAAGUUCUAUAAGUAUAACUUCAUUAUUGGCUUGUAACUUCUGGUUGUAAGUGAACAACCAGAACAUGAACAAACAAUGAAGAAACAAAUUCAUUGUGAAUGUUUUUUUAUACUACAAAUGUUAUUAUCAACUGCAUGCAAGCUUUUUACAAUUUAUAAUUGUGAAAAAUAAGAAGUAUUCAGAAAAUAGAGAGUUUUAUAAUUAGGAGACUGCGUUUGAAGAAAAGUUUAAGAUUAGAAGAUGAUAUAAAUUAUAAAUUAAUUAUAAAUUGUAAAACAGAGUAAGCACCGAAAAAACAGAAUAAUUAUAAAUUAAUUAAAUUGAAGAAGAAAAAGAAAAAAAAACAGAGUAAGCACCGAAGAGAAGUGGCCAACAACGAGAAAACAUCGAAUGAAGAACAAUUGCGAGAUCCGAUCAAACCGCUUAUCUCGAUUUUGAUUUCCUGAGUUCUGGUUUCCAGACAGAUCUCUGGUUCGGUUCUACAAUGUCUAACGACACAGCACGUAACCCACUCCUACCUAAGGACCAGUCAGCUCCCAUGGCACAAGACUUCAGCAUUAACUCAAGAACCUCCUCACGAAAAAGAAGACUCCGCCGCUCUAGAAGCGCUCCUCGUGGAGACUUCACGUACAACGACAACGACGUCAAACUCGACGAGCCGCAUCCACAUCCGAGCAAGAACCCAAUGUUCAGAGACCUAAACCCGAAUCUCAGACGAGUCAUCCUCCUCCUCGCUUUGUAUCUCACCGUCGGCACUCUCUGCUUCUACCUCGUCAGAAACCAAAUCUCCGGUCACAAAACCAACGGUGUCCUUGACGCCGUCUACUUCUGUAUCGUCACAAUGACGACCGUCGGAUACGGCGACCUCGUUCCCAAUAGCUCCACGUCGCGGCUCCUCGCGUGCGCCUUCGUCUUCUCGGGGAUGGUCCUCGUGGGCCAUCUCCUGAGUCGAGCUGCUGAUUAUCUAGUCGAGAAGCAGGAGACUCUCCUCGUUAGAGCUUUUCAUCUGCGUCAGAGCUUUGGUCCUACGGAGAUUCUCAAGGAGUUGCAUACCAACAAGCUGAGAUACAAAUGUUAUGUGACGUUCCUUGUCCUUGUGGUUCUCUUCUUAACCGGUACGGUUUUUCUUGUGGCGUAUGAGAAGAUGCCGGUUAUUGAGGCUUUCUAUUGCGUGUGCUCCACGGUUACUACGUUGGGGUAUGGUGAUAAGAGCUUUAACUCGGGGACUGGGAGGCUUUUCGCUGUGUUUUGGAUCUUGACGAGUACUGUGUGUUUGGCUCAGUUUUUUCUUUAUGUGGCUGAGUUGAAUGCGGAGACUAAGCAGAGGGAGUUAGUGAAGUGGGUUUUGACUAGGAGGAUUACUAAUAAUGAUCUUGAGGCUGCUGAUCUUGAUGAAGAUGGUGUUGUUGGAGCUGCAGAGUUUAUAGUCUAUAAGCUGAAAGAGAUGGGGAAGAUUGAUGAGAAAGAUAUAUCUGGGAUCAUGGAAGAGUUUGAGCAAUUGGAUUAUGAUGAAUCUGGAACUCUGACGACUUCUGACAUCACUCUAGCUCAGACUGCGUCCCAGAUCCAAAGGUAAGCUAUCAUCAUCUUUGGAAGAUGAAUCGGAAUCUUUGUUAACUUAUACCUACACACUAACACACAACACACAAAAAGCAAAGGAAGUGAACAGUUUUUUUUUUGGAAAUAUUGUUUGAUUCUGUUUUGUAAUGCCACAUUCCCUCACUCUUUGAAUGUUUUGUUUAUAUUUGGUUUGGCAUGAACACUUUGUUUAAUAAAGUUGAAUUUUGAUAUUAA